ACAUACAGGUUUUGGAACAACCUAAGCGCCGUCUUUUUCAUGGACGCCCCUGCUUAUUUCAGCAAGACAAUGCCAAGCCACAUUCAGCACGUGUUACAACAGCGUGGCUUUGUAAAAAAAAAAAAAAGAGUGCGGGUACUUUCCCGGCCCGCCUGCAGUCCAGACCUGUCUCCCAUUGAAAAUGUCUGGCGCAUAAUGAAGCGUAAAAUACGACAGCGGAGACCCCCGGACUGUUGAACGACUGAAGCUCUACAUAAAACAAGAAUGGGAAAUAAUUCCACUUUCAAAACUUCAACAAUUAGUUUCCUCAGUUCCCAAUCGUUUAUUGAGUGUUGUUAAAAGAAAAGGUGAUGUAACACAGUGGUGAACAUGCCCUUUCCCAACUACUUUGGGAAAGUUUAUGAGUUUGAACAUCAAAUAUCUUGUCUUUGUAGUGCAUUCAAUUGAAUAUGGGUUGAAAAGGAUUUGCAAAUCAUUGUAUUCCGUUUAUAUUUACAUCUAACACAAUUUCCCAAUUAAUAUGGAAACGGGGUUUGUAAAUAACAAAAUGCAAGGUACAGCCGUAUUGAUGUAUGAUGAACAAGUCACACAGCUGUAUGUGUGUUUAUUAAAAUAGUUAAGAGAGAGUCUUAAAAGGGGAGUGGAAAAAGAGAAGUUGGCAGAGGGAGGGGGACCUACUGUAGGCCUUGGUUGGCUACUGGAAGUCUCUGGAGACAUAGCAUGUGUUUAAAAGACCCAAAAAAGACUGGGAGAGAAAGGAUGACAGGCUGUCAGAGAUGAACAUUAGUCACUGGUGAGUGGAGGAAAUGGGGAUCUCUCAUCAGAGCAAAAAAACCUCGCCGGGAACGGCCGGAAGCCGCAGAGCGUCGAGCAGCAAAACGCCGCCGUGCCGCCCCUCGCUUAUUCGGACUGCGCGUCUCCGACCUCCGUUACUUCGCAACACUCCCGCGCGCAGACGGCGUGCUCGAGCCGCGCAGACACAGGCGCCGAGGCACGUGACGCAGGCACGCAGGGGCAGCGCACAGCUUGUGCAAGGUCGGCCGGCGUACGAGCAUCAGGCGUCACAGGGAGCUCACUCCAGCUGCACUUUCUACUGCUAUUUCUGUUACUGCUGUUAUUUCUGCUGCCUUACCUCGCUCUCCUUUUUUCUCCUCCUCCUCCUGCCUCCGAUUCCCCGUGCUCCACCCUCCACUCCGUCCUCGUCUACUUCCUCUUCCGCCUCGCCAACAUUAACUUCCUGCGCGGAUGAACUUCUGGCCCAUCCCGAUGCCAACCUGACUGUAUCUGCCUUGUCUUCCCUCUGCCCUCUGUCACCAUGCCUCACCUCUGAUGGUUCCGUCGCCUUCCUCUACACCUCCUCUUCUUCCGGUUCCUCCUCACCUCCCAGCUUUGGGGAUCCGGUCUUAUCCUACACUUCCACUCUGGAGCACAUCCCCAUCGGGCCCGCCCGCCCCCGGACGCUGCUACGCCAGCAGAGUCUCCAGCAGCCCCUCAUCCACCCGCCGGGCUCGAGUUUCGGCCACCCUCCGACCACGUCCCAGAGUUUGGGACAACUACACACCGCACCUGGACAGCCCGGGGGAGGCGGGGCCGCCGGGAGAGGAGAUGGAGGUGGUGACGGCGGUGGCGAGGGUGGAGGUGCAGGUAAAAGAGCUGUUCCACGGGCCACGCGGGGAGGCCCCGCAGGGGCUGGUGCCUCUCGCUAUAGGGGAGGCGGCGCAGGAGACCGCUCACGUGGUAAUCCUGGCAGCUGGGAUUACAUGAUGGACGAGAUCCGGAAUCGUGGCCUGGACGUCAAAUCCUUUCUUGAAGGAAAGCUGGUGGUCCUGUCUUUGGCCAUCGGUGUGGCCGAGCAAGACGACUUUGCCAAUAUCCCUGACCUGCAAGAAACGGCACAGGCGGCCCCUGCAGCCGGUCAGGAGCCCCCCCUCGAGAAGAGGGGUAACAAGCCAGCCAACAGCCCCAAAGGCCAACCCCCCGAUGCUGACGGCCACUCCUCCGUAACUGACCUGGCCAACUCUCUCACUGGAGACAUGGUGAUGCUGUCUCCAGGUUCGGAGGAUGACGAUGGCGAGGGGCCUAUCAGUGAGAAGCUGGGCCGUAUCCAGUUCAGCAUAGGCUACAGCUUCCAGAACACAACCCUCACAGUCAAAGUUCUCAGGGGCCAGGAGCUACCAGCCAAGGACUUUUCCGGUACCUCGGAUCCCUUCGUUAAAAUCUACCUGCUGCCUGAUAAAAAGCACAAACUGGAAACCAAGAUCAAGAGGAAGAACCUCAACCCCCACUGGAAUGAAACCUUCUUGUUUGAAGGUUUCCCCUAUGAGAAGGUGAGGGAGCGCACACUUUACCUUCAGGUGUUGGACUACGACCGCUUCAGCAGGAAUGACCCUAUUGGAGAGGUCUCAAUCCCCCUUAACAAGGUGGAACUGGGCCAGAUAAAGACCUUCUGGAAGGAGCUCAAGCCCUGCAGUGAUGGCAGUGGAAGACGAGGGGAUUUGCUGGUGUCUCUGUGCUAUAAUCCCACUGCCAACACCAUAACUGUGAACAUCAUCAAAGCUCGUAAUCUCAAAGCCAUGGAUAUCGGGGGUACCUCAGAUCCCUACGUGAAGGUGUGGCUGAUGCACAAAGACCGGCGCGUAGAAAAGAAAAAGACGGUCACGAUGAAGCGCUGUCUCAAUCCCGUCUUCAACGAGUCCUUCCCCUUCGACGUGCCCGCCCAUGUGCUGAGGGAGACCACCAUCAUCAUCACUGUCAUGGACAAGGACAGACUCAGUCGCAACGAUGUUAUUGGCAAGAUCUACCUGUCGUGGAAGAGCGGACCAGCCGAGGUGAAGCACUGGAAAGACAUGCUGGCUCGGCCGCGCACCAACGUAGCCCAGUGGCACGCUCUUAAGGCCUGAUGGCACCGCCCCACCCGCCUCCGUGGCCCCUUCUUUCUUCCCGCCCUCCCCCCGGCCCUUCCCGUCCCGUCCUUAUGCACAAGACUGACUUGCUGCCAGGCUGCGAAACACGGGUACAAUUAGCCAUCUGCUCUCUUAAACCUUUAAACUUCUUCUCUCGUCCUCUCUAGCUGUUUUCUUGUUCCCUCUUCUCAUAACGGUCCCCGUCUCCAUUUUUCCGUGUAGUUGACUCUCCUCUCUCUCUCUCUUCGCUUCUGACUGCCCAAAAACGUCCCUCCGCACUUGGCGGAGGUUUCAUUUCUUUCUUUCUAUUUGCGGACCCCUCGGUCCUGAACUGCACUACAGCCUGACCCACUGAAGGUGCCAGUCCCGUGGGAUCACAGGGAAGUGACAUACAGUAUAAUCCUAGUGUGUAAUUAUUCCAGGUAAACAAUACUCUACAGUAUGUACUGUAUGUACAUAAACGUACUGGUAUAUUAGGCCGAUAGAACUCCCCCCCAUGUGUGCUUUCUCCGCCACCUCCCUUCUCUUCAUCCGUCUCCAGUGUGCUAUAUCUUCCAUUACGUUUCUCCCCUCCUUUUACUUCAGUGUGGUUUAAUGUUUGACUGAAGUCGUAGAAAGCAAUCAAUACUCGGUUCGUAAAGAAACCAGCUCAGCUCAAGAUGCUGUUGAUGAUACUAGUGUCUCUCUCCCUAUUCUCUCAUUUCCUCUUUAUUGUUCCCUCUUACUCAUCCCCUGGUACGAUAUUAUAGUGGACCCCCUUACUCCCACCCGCCACCUCGCCCCCUUGUUGUCCGUGUACCGUGGGUGCUGUGUCGUAGCUCCAACAAAAAGAGAGGUUUAAAGACAUACUGUAUAUGUACUGAACUUUCCCGAAACUGGGGAAGCGGGAUGGAUUUCUUUUUCAACGGGGAGAGAAAAAAGAAGACGGGGAUGGGGGGAAACAACUCUCAAUCCGAGACGUUACGAUGAUGUCAUUUUUCACAGCGGCGGAGGGAACCAAUUUCGAAUCUUCCCUGCAACAAAGGCAAUGCGACGUUUGUGCUGUUCUGUGUGCAUGCGGUCUUGUUUUGCCCUGUUGUGCUGAAGAUCUCAGAGAACCUCUCCCAUUUUCCUCACCUGUUUUCGUCUGUGGCGCAUCCGCCUGGUGCGCAUGUGUGUGUGUGUGUGUGUGUGUGUGUGUGUGUGAGACGGGCAUACAGGAGCAACACGACUCUGACGCAGCAGUCUUCUCUUUUCUCUUUCUCUCUUCUUACUGCCAUCAAUUCCCCAACCUCCUUUUAAAGGGGAACAUUAUCACAAUUUCAGAAUGGUUAAAACCAUUAAAUUCCCAGUGGCUUAUUAUAUUUUUCGAAGUUUUUUUCAAAAUUUUACCCAUCACGCAAUAUCCCUAAAAAAAAAGCUUCAAAGUGCCUGAUUUUAACCAUCGUUAUAUACACCCGUCCAUUUUCCCGUGACGUCACAUAGUGAAGCCAACACAAACAAACAUGGCGGAAAGAAGAGCAAGCUAUAGCGACAUUAGCUCGGAUUCAGACUCGGAUUUCAGCGGCUUAAGCGAUUCAACAGAUUACGCAUGUAUUGAAACGGAUGGUUGUAGUGUGGAGGCAGGUAGCGAAAACGAAAUUGAAGAAGAAACUGAACCCUCCCGGAUUUUCCGGGAGACUCCCGAAAUUCAGCGCCUCUCCCGAAAAU